UUGACCUUUCAAAAUCAAUGUUUGCUACUUGUACGUUGCGUUACUAAAGAUGAUUGAGUCUUCUCUGUAACUUUGAGCUCUAUACGUACGUACAGGCGCAAUGGAAAUCGCGAUAUGAAUUUUAAAACAGUUUAUUAGGGUAACUACAUCGUGAUUAAAACAAUAUCAUUUAGAAAUGCCAAGAUGUAAACAUGACUUCUCAACGUGUGAAACUUAAAGAUCAAAUUCUCGAUGGUAUAGCAAGAUCGGUGAAGGAGGUUCAAGCCUAUUCAUUCAGCUCAGACGGUGAAGUCGUCAAGGUCAACAAUGAAGCCCGCCCUCUACAGAGGCUCGUCGAACAUCUGGACCAUGCCUUUCUACAUGGAUUAAAACACAUUACUCCAGGUUAUUGGGUGUUUGUCAGACGGUUCACCCAUAAACUUGUCAUAUCUGAUAUCAUUGGACUGGAUCGCUUGGCUACUGAUCUUGGCAGAAGUCGUGCUUGGCUUUAUCAAUCUCUAAAUGAAGGAGCCUUAGAGAGUUACUUCAGAUGUUUCCAGGGCAGCGAGGAAGUCCUGAAGAAGUUUUACAUUGAACAUGCAUUGAUGCGGGACUCUGAAAGGCUGACCCUUCUCAUGACCCUUGUGUCAGGGUUGGAUUUUGUGACCUUUGACCUUGAAUUGAAUGUAGCAUAUUUUGACCUGGUCAGUCACAUACCCCGGUCUGCCUCUAACCCCCGCGACCUGGACGAUACAGUGUCCAUCCACAGCAAUGCGUCCUUGGAAUCGGCAUCAUCCAGCCUGGUCAACGACCUUGAUACUCAUUCUCUGCUCGGCGGCAUCGAAGGUGGAUUCUUUCCCGAGGGAUCCCCAAGGGAUGUUCUACAGUCCAGUUUAAGCGUUGAUGAGAGCAGCGUGAAAGUGUGUUUUGAUGAUGUAAGAGCAGAAGACACUCAGGAAGCAAGUCCUAGAGAUGAGGUGGAAGAGAAGGAAGCUAAUAGAUCCCUUGGUAACCCCACUGAAGAUUCUUCUUCAACUUGUAACCCUUCUGGAACUGAAUCCCACGAGACAGAUGACACAAAUGAGAUUACGCGACCUUUGACCCUUGACCUUGACACCCAGUCCAACAAUAACAGCUCCAAUGAACUGAAACAUGUUACAAGGAACUACUCCACCCCUGACUUUGAUAUUAACAUGGACAAAGUGGCUGAACAAGAUCAGAACCUUGAGGUUAUCCGCAUCCGCAAGAAAGCAAAGAAGAAGAAGAAGCGGAAGAGCAGUAAGAAUGAUGUCAAACCAGUGGUGAAGCUGCAAGAGCCGAGGCGAGGGAAGAGACGAGACCGGAGCUCAAGUCCGAGCACGGUUUCCAUCGCGUCCAGCUGCAUCGAAGAAGAAGAAGAAGAAGUUGAGGAUAAGGAGAGUUGUUUGGGAAUGGAGGGAUCUGUUGAGGGUGGGGAGGGGUCUCUCUCUUCGGCAGCCAACCUGUCGGAGUGCUCAGCUGUCGAGGAGGACUUAGAUUGUGAGAGGGUUCCCACCAGUAGUGCGCCAGAAAGUGAGAACACAACUCAAGAAUGUAGCAGUGGGACUAGGUUAAUUGAUCUAGCGCAACACAGGGAAGGAAGGCCAAGAAGAGUUGAUGGGGAGAGUAAGGAGACAGAGAAAAGACAAAAUGUACUUGAACAUUGUUCUGAAAUUGUGACUGAAAUAGUUGAUAGCAUGUAUGAGGAUACAAAGAAACCAGUGUCGACUGUUGAUUUUGUUGUAUGUAAGGAAGACAAUGUGGAUAUUAAUAGAGAGCAUAUCCGAGAUGUUGUGCCAGUUAGAGUGGAUACCGCCCAGCUCAGACUGCCCAGCUUUGCUGAUCCAAUGACGCAGGACGGCUUCAACUCCUCCAUGGAUGGAGCUGAUCAGUCUAUGAUAUACUGGCAGGCAGAUAUAACGGACAACAGCUUUGAUGCAGAAGUUGUAUCUUCAACCCCUGCAAAGAGUGCUUGCAGGGUUAGCAUUCAACAUGAUCAUGAUGAUGUAGUAGAAGACGAUGAUGUGUUUUUGCGAGAGAGUAUAGCAUUUCAAAGUGGAAAGGACACGGCCGAGGAAUCAGGUGAUAGCGGUAUCAGGAAACAUAGAAAAGCCAACAAAUCUGACAAACAGAAGCCACCACAAAGGACAUUAUCAGGUACCUUGGAGUACAACGACACAAUAUCUGUUGAACUUACAACACAGAGGACGGACGUCAGCGCAGCAUCGCAAGACGCACAUCUGCGUGGACAGUCUUUAAUCUCUGAUGUACCCAUCAGUCCUGAUUCUGGCAUUAAUCAAAGCUUUGUGGAAUCAAGCUUAAGCAAGGAUAUCAUCACCUGCAGCUCAGACAGCCUUUCCUCUGGCAUCGGAAGCAACCCAGAUACCAGCAACACCACCACAGAUACCAACAACACCACCACCAGUUCCUGCGCGCCCUCGACUCCUGCAGCAGACUCCGAUUACGGCACCUUGGACGCAAGCCCCCACGGGCUGUCAAUUGUGCAGAGUGCAGAGGAGGAUGUUGAUGGCUUUGUCCUUGUGGAUAAGAACGAUUUCCUGGGAGAGCGGAGUCAAGGGGAUGGCAAGGAUGCCAGUAUGGAUCCUCUCUGUGCAGUGGAUGUUAAUGCAUAUGACAGUGGUAAUCCACCUGAUGCAGUUGCUGUGGAAACGUACGACUUUUACUGUGAUGAAGAUGGAGAGAAAAUGACAACUCAUGAAGCUGAAAUGAAGGUUGACAACAAUCUCAAACUCUACUUAAUGUUGGAGAUAUUCAAAAUUGAAGACGAGAAAUAUCAUAAGCUGAUUCGACUGAGUACUGGCCACAUGGAAGGAAAUCUACUGCCAGCAUUCAUUCUCUUGACCGAUCUUGCCAUAUAUAUUCUAAGAAGAGGUGAACGCAAUGGGCGGUUCUCAACAGAGAGCAGGACGCUUUAUCAAGAGUUAGACUAUGUCUUGAUUGGUCUCAACUACCAGUCUGUUCAGCUGGUAUGUAAGAACAGAAGGAAACAUUUCUGGUUGACAACAGGCAGCCAAUCAUUGACAAGAUUCUUUGUGCACAGUUUAAGAGCAGUCAUGAAGAUGGGUAAUCAGAUAGAUUCUCUGUGUGUUCUCACUGAUGCUACUGCCCAGGCCAUUGGUCUCAAGAAAUAUGUUGCCGGAGAAGAGAAAGUGGAAAUGUCUGAAGUGGAAGUGCACCUGUACAACCUGGUCCACUGGGAGGACCUUCUUGACUCGACUACGGCUGCAGAUCUUCAGCUCUACCUACCAGCAACCAAGAGGAAGGGCAUGCUGCACUAUAAAACCAAGGAAUCAUUCUUUGUAGGAAGCUACUGGAAGGUAGCCUACUUUAAGCUUAAACAGAAUGUGCUGAAGAGAUAUCCAAGGAAGGAGGCAGAGGAGCCCGAUCUCAUCAUUGAUCUUGGAUCCCAGAGGUUUGGAGGAUGCCGACGUGUCCACAAUACUGACCGUCGUUUCAGCUUUGAGCUAGUCUUGACCGACGGUAGUCAACCUCUGCGGCUGUCUUGUGAGAAUGAACUUGAGCUAUCUCACUGGUUGCAGAGUAUCUGUGAGGUCGCUUCACAUCAACACUCUAUGUCUCAAAUGAAGGGACCUAAGCCCAACCCUUGCCAGCCCUCUUGUGCUGUCAUCACAUCCCGCUCAGUGCUGCUGUGCCUGGAGGACUAUCAGACACACUUCUUCAGGACCCUAGCCAGGACAGAUCUAGGAACCAUCUCCCGGGUGGAGAGAAGCAAGUCUAAUCUAUCCUAUCUCGUCAUGAGCUUCAGGAAUACAGACUGUGACAAUCCAUGGUUGUUGUAUUUCAACUGCAGCCGGGAGCUUGAUAAGUUUGUCAAUCAUCUCUCACAGGCAUUCCAUCAGAGGACGCAGAAGGACUUGAAGAUAAGUACCAUUCAGGAUGAGAAACUAGCCAGGCGAUGCAGCAACUGCCAGGAUCUUAUUCUUUCGGCAUGGCAACGCUCCGAUAGUCUCGGGAGAGGGCGUGUCAGGGGUGACUCAUGGUAGAGAACAUUUUGUCUGGUGUCUAGGAGGAAUCAGUGCCCCCCUCCCCUUUGAGUAAGAUCCCAUCUCAUCUUAAGAGACAGAGAGAGAGACACACACACACACAGAUGGAGAGACAGAGGUGGGG